UUUUGUUGAGAAAACAAUAGGAUAAUAUUUAAUUUAAAUAUUAAAAUUAAUUUAUGAUUUUCAUCUACCUGUAUGUUUCUAAAUUUCUAAUGGUUAGAUCAUGGAGUUGAUGAAGAAGCUUUUUUAUGCUUAAGUGAAUCUAUGGUGCGGGAGAUUUGUCUACCAAUGGGCCAUCGUGCCAAAAUAGUUAAAAGAAUAUCAGAAUUGAAGUCAAAAUUAUCAUCUAAUGUGCAAAACUCAGGUAAUUCCUCUUUGGAGAUGCCUGUUUUUAAUGUUUUUGCUGAUGGUAAUUUGAGUAAUAUUGAUAAUAUACUUAACUCCCAGGAAACUUUGCAGACAAAUUUUGAUGCAGAAUCAAGUACAGAAGUUAUCAAUCAGGAUUAUACAACACUUGAAAACUUUAUUAAUACUCCUAACACCAGCUUUAUUAACACACCAAGCACCUCAUAUAUGAAUACACCUAGUGACAGUUAUAUUGAUGCACCUGGCACCAUUGAUAAUGUUGAUGUGAAUGCUAAAAAAAAUACAAUUAACGCUAAAGUAUAUGCAUCAAUUAGCUUAGAAGCUAUUUUAAAUUGUUAUCAUGAAGGCAAAAUCAUUUUAGAUAGUUAUUUAAAGACUAACGAAUUAAGUGGAUUGUUGAGAAAUAAAUUGUCUCAUAUUAUAAUAACACAUUUACUCAAACAAAACGAAGACAAAAAAAUUUCUACUGAAAAGUUUAAGUCAGUAUCACUGGAAAUUUGUUCUUUAUUUCCUCAAGAACACAAAGAGACUUAUUAUACUCCUUAUAAAAAAGAGGCAAAUUUAGUAUCGUCUGCUAGAGGGAAGUUGUGGGACAAGUACAAUAAUUUAAGAAAAGAAAUUAGGAAAAUUAACCAAGGGUCAACUAAGGAGAUAACACCUGAAAAUAAUUUUAUACCCAAUGAAAAAUUUGCUGAAGAUAUAAUAUGGCUCAAAAAUAACAUAUCACCAUGGAAUAUUGUUGAACAAAAAUGGCUUAAAACAUUUCAUGAAAGACACAAUUACUUAUUAAAAAACGAUAAUACCAACAGUUGUUAUCUGGCAGAGUAUCCUCCUUUGAAAAGCCCGCUUGGUUUCACAUUGAUUGAUCUGGAUUUCAGUCAGCUAUACCCUCAAAAAACACUGAUACUUUUUACUAAGUUUGAAAUUUUAAAAAAUAAACUACCAAUAUAUAUUAAAAAAUAUAAUAUCAAAGGAAUUGAUAGUAAUUUGAUUGAUGCGAUCGUAAAUCCUCCAGACUCUGGUAUUGAUACAGUUGCUGCUUUAAAAUUUCUUAUAGAAUUAUUCAAGCCAAUCAAUAUAUCUAAAAGAACAUGCACUGGAUCAAAAAAAAAAUUUACUAGACCAUCUAAAUUAGAAAUACAGCAAUCUUUCAUUUAUUAUGUAAAUAAUGUUUCACAGUUGAAGGAAGUAGAUGAUGAAAAAUCAAACAAGGCAUUCAGAACAGGAGAAAGACUCCAACCAUACAUGAUUUUUGUAGAGACUGAUAGUAAGGUGACUUAUUUUUAUGUUGUAAUCAACAAGUUUUAUUAUAAAGUUGAAAGUGCUUUAAAAGCAUUAGAUAUAUGCUUCAAAUCUUUCUUUGUUUUUAAUUUACAUUAUACACCACAAUGUGAUCAAAUAUGGUAUUUUAUGCAAACAUUUAUUUAUGAAAUUAUAACCAAGUUUGACAAAAAUUGCAGUCCAAAUGUCAAUACUUUAAUUAAUGACUUAAAUAAGUGUUAAUAUUAUCCAAUAU